UUUUUUUUUUCUCUCUAAUCAAAACCAUAAAAUUUAAAUCAUGGCUCGCGGUGCACAAAAGGAACAAGCUAGACAAAGAGCUCAAAAGGAAGCUGCUAAGCGUAAGUCAAAUGGUUCACAAUUAGGUGCUCGAGCUGCUGGUCUUCAAAUCAAAUGUCCUAAAUGCUUUAUUGCACUUCCCAACUAUAACCUUUUAAAACAACAUUUCGAGGCUAAACAUCCAAAGGAUCCUGUCCCACCUGAAAGUGAUUUUCAAAAAUAAUUUCAUGAAUCUUAAAUAAUAUAUCAAAUAGAAUUUUUUUUUUAAAAAAAA